GGUUUCCGUUGCGUUCGGAUGCACUUUUCGGCGGCCUCGCGGCGAACGGAAAAGUGCGCGGUUUUGGAAAAAAAGUGCAACUCGCGGUCAAUUAGUGUGUGCGACUCGCCAAAGUGGUGGUCAGUUGCAGGGCAGAUGCCGAUCCGAUCGGACGUGACUCGGCGAGUUCUUUUGAAGAGUUUUUCGAGUUCCUCGCGGUCGUCGUGAUUCAGAUCACACGUUCGCAACUACAAGAUUCGGCGUUCAGUUUUUGGAGGAUUCUUUUUUUUUUUUUUUUUUGGAAAGUGCCCUCGAUCGGUCGCCCGUGUAGUGGCCAUGUGGAUCGUGACCCCGGAGUAACUGGUUUAACCCCCGAGGAACGGGGAAGGAUGGUGGGCCAGAUUUAAUCGCUGAUGGUCAGCGGUGGCGUCAACGCGAGCGAUGCUGCUGGAAAAAGGACCAUCGCCGUUGUCCUCGAUCGAUGGCAUCAACGGCAGCAGCACGGAAAUGCAAUUAACGAAGAAUUUGGUGCAAAUAAAGUGAAAACGUGUGUCGUUCGGUUGAUUUAUGGGAUUUGCAUUUUGAGCAUGUGUGCAGCGGCCAGUAGAGCGUGGGGAAACGGAGCAAGAAAUCCCCGAAAAAAAUAACGAGCAGAAAAAAAAGUUGGCAAUCAAGUUUAUACUAAAUACGAACGUGUGCUAUUUUUUUCGGUUGGCACUUUGUGACGACAAAUUGGAAGAAAACUGUGAAAAAGAUUUUUCAUCUGAAACAAAAAAAAAAAAAAAGGGAGAAACUGUCGCAGUUUGGCGCUGGUGGCGUUUGAGAGUUUUAUUGCGAACAAGAUAAACUGACGCGCGACGAUAAAUUUGGCCCCGCGGGUUGAUAAGAAUGGCCGGUUGACGGAGCAAUUUUACGGAACAAAAAAGGGAGCAGGACGAUUUGGUUGCGUUUUUCAACAGUCCAUUUGGGAGUGAUUAAAUGGUUAAGAUGUGGAUCCACGGAGCGGUCCGAGUGAUGCUCGUCCAGCAGCUGGUGGCGGUUUGCGGCGUUUCGUCCCUGCUGAGCAGUGCCCUGGCGGCGUCUUCGCUGGCCGCCAACCGGCCACGGCACACCGACAACCUGUUGAUCGCCCGAUGUCGUUCCAAAUGUACGAACACAUUCGACAAAAUGAUGUGCGAAAGUACCUGCAUUCGAGAUUACCUGGAAAACUCAGCCUACAAAAAGUACGGCGAUUGUCCCAAAGACCCUCUAAACCGCCUUGAGUCCAUCUGUCUCAACACGUGCCACGGAACAGACUAUCACUGUCCGGGUGUGGAAAAAUGCUGCCCCCAUUCGUGUGGGCUAAGCUGCCAGCACCCGAUGGGCCUGGAAAAGAUUCGGGGUCUUCCACCGGUCCCGUCUCACGUAAAGCUAUUCGAAGCAGGGCGUGGCUACCGGAUAGCCGAGAUUCACUGGGAGAUUAACCUCGAGGAGGAACAGCUGACCAGUGCGAUCUACUUUGUGGUCGAGUCACGGCACCACAUCGGAAUGAGCUUCGCCGAGCGAAAGCUGGAGAAUGACUGGCAAAACCACACGCCGACGGCGAUCUUCGAACUCAAGCGUGCCGGAAGCCAAAAGCGGUACGUCGGCGAGAUGAAGCUGAAACCAGGUCGCUGGUAUCAGGUCCGGGUAGCCGCUGUAAACGAACUCGGCACCAGAGGUUACUCGGUCGUUUCGAGGGAGUUCCAACUGAGCAAAAAGCCAAACCCACCGCAAUCUCCGAAGAAUCUCACGCUGGGCCCGCUGGUGCCGAACGCCAACGGGACGUACAACCGGAAGGUAACAUGGCAACUGCCACGAUCCGAUCUUCCCGUGGACAAGUACAAAAUCAGCUGGAGCUUAUACCUGAACGCGAGCACAGCUGGCAACUCUUCUCUGUUCAAGGAGACGGCUACGGUGUCCGCGCCUGCGCGCCAUUACGAGAUUCGAGGACUGCACCCAAACAGUAUUUACUACCUGCAGAUACAUGCCAUCAGCGUGUACGGCAAGAGGCGUCUGAAAUCGGCUGCCGCAAGCGACCUUAUGAACACGUCCAUCGCUGAAGGGGUCGAAAAGAGCGCCCUUCCGAGCAUGGACAACAUGCUGAUGAGUGAUGCAAGCAGCAGCCACCACCGACGCACCAAAUCCGGCCCGUCCUCGCUGGGUCUUAACUACAAAUUUAUCGCCCGCAAGACGGGACUAGCCGUACGGAUAACCUGGCCGGAAAGGGCAGCACCAGCAGGCGGUCGAUAUCGGCUGCACCUGUGCCGCGGAGGUCGCGAGUGUUUCUCCAAACCGAUGCAAGCCAGUUCGCACGAUGUGACCGUUAAGCAGAAAACAUCGUUUGAAUUUUUAAGGUUAGACUUUGACACCCGGUACACGGUGGGCUUGCGGUUCAACCGGAAGCGACCGGCCAGGGCUAGCCAUGGCGGUCAUCAUCAGGCGAACGGCGGGUACGACAGCGUCCGGACGUUCGUGACGCCCAAGUGUGACGUUUUCGCCCGUGACCAUCCGGAUCUGCAGCUGGAGUGUUCCGCUUGAAAGUAUACAAAGUAAAUGUGCUGAUUUGCUUAAGGAGCCCGCGCCCCGAGCGGGAAUGAGCUGUGUUUCUGUUUGAGUAUUAUUCAAGGUUUUAUUUGCAAAUUAGCGAGGUUCAACUAGUGUUAAUCUAUUUUAUUCUGUUAUUAUUCUUUAAAUGCUGCGCUGCCAUUUUAUUCCUUACACUUAGAAAAGGAUACUUAGCCGAUGUGAACGUAUGAGACGAUUUGUGAGCAACUAUUGCUAAAUAAAAUUUGCAUUUAUGUAG